UUCCAGAUUAAUUUUAUAUUUCAAUGUUUGCUCCGUCACGGUCGAACCAUGGGACACAUGCGACUCAUCUGCCCCAUCCAAGCCAGUCGAGCGCCGCGGGGGAAUUACAAGCUAUUCUCGCUGUUUGGGAAGCUGAGAAUGAUAACGCCUCGUUCAGUGUCAAACCAUCUCUUAUAAGACUUUCGGAACUAAUAGAAGAAGCAACUGAUGAUUUUUUGAAGCAAGAUCCUGACCCUCUAGAUGAUCGUCAUCCGGCUAAAACAUAUCCUUCAUGCAUUCUGGGCCACCUGCUGAAAGUUAUCAGUCGCUACGAAGAAUUCAUGAACAAGCUUCUUGUGUCUUACUUGAUGUCACGCGAUGACAUUGAAUUGAAUAUUGCCUCCGCAAGGCUGUUGCUCAAUCUUGUUCCCGGUUUAGAUUCUUCUGUCUUAUCCGAACCAGAAGGUUUGAUACCGCAACUUUACAGAUGGGCAGAAAGUGAUGCAACUAACUGUUAUUUAAGGGCAUAUUCUUUUGGUUUGCUUGCAGCCGCCUUAGAUGUAACAAGUGUUGCAAGUACUCUUAAAAUAGAAAACUCUGCUCUCAUUCCAAUUGCACUGCGGCGCUUAAAGGAUUUGUUUGAACGAAUGGAAAAGGAGAAACGAGAAGCUGCGGAGGUAUCAGAACCAGAUAAGGAAAAUAAAGAGGAAAAUGUUGAAGAUAGUGGUCCAUUUGCUGGUAUGUCGAGGGAAACAUUCCAUAGUGGUGAAAGGCUUUCAUUGGCUGAUAUUUUGAAAGAACGCGAAACAGCGAAGUACUCUGGCGAGGAAGCAUCAGGACCAUCCGUUGCAUUUGUUACGAGAAAACACAACGAGAAAACACAUUUCACUGGAUCUGUAUACAGUGAGGAAAGAAAAUCCAUCUUAAGAAUACGUGAGCCGAUUUACGAAUUUUCUGCAUCCGAAAGCUUAGAGUUGACCGUGCCACCGAGGAAAAAAGUCAAACUAGAUAAAGAACAACGUGCUCGUUGCUCAAGCACAGUGUCGUUGGGAUCAUUAAUUGAAGGGAAAAGCAACAGUCAGUGGGCUGUAAUGCAAAAGCGACGUCUCGGAGAAUACCGAAUCUUUCCUUUAACAACUGUUAUGGAACAGCGUCUAAUUAUUCAGUAUCUUACACCCGUCGGAGAAUAUCAGGAUCUCUUGAAAGAAACCUACGAGAAUCGUUCAUUGGAUCUUGUUCUACGCUAUCUGGAGGGUGCUCGAAAUCACGACACCCGUCUCAUAUUUGAUGUUUUGAAGUAUCUUGCCGGCCUUUUGGUUCAUCGUAGACUUGCGCUGGAUUUUGUGGCUGCUGGCGGCGUAGAUCUUUUAAUUCGUAUAGAACGCGAUUCAUUAGCAUCAGUUGUUGUUGGAACAUGUCUAUAUUAUUUGGCUUAUAAUGCAGAUGCAAUGGAAGGUGUUUGCCUUUUGCCGGAACAAACUCUUAAUGAACUCGUUCACUACGCGCUGUGGCUUUUAGAGCAUAGUUAUGAAAGUGGUCGCGCUGGUUCGUCAAUGUUUUUUACUCACGCAUUCCAAUUUCGACCUGUACUUGAACGAUUCGAUGAUUAUGAUGGCCCUCGGCGCUUAUUUAAUUAUAUUUCAACUUUAACCCUCUUACAAGAAGAUUCAGAUAAUGUUCUUUCUGAUGAACAUCUCUAUACUAGUAUGCAAGCUAUUCGAAAUACCUGUAUGGCUUUUAGAAGUUAUAUGGCUGCUCAUAUCUUUGUUAAAGUGGAACAUCUGAAACGAACACAUGUAUCUCGGUUACAAUACCUUAGAGAUAUCGUUAUUCCUUCCUGUGUCCAUGGUUUACCGGCUAAUAAGGGGAUGCAUCUCGAUGACGAAAAUUUGAAAAAUUGCAUUUGGAUUCUGCUACAUACUUUGGGUUUGCAUUCAUCUUGGCGCCCUGUUGAUGAAUUGAAGCGUUUGGGAGUUAUUCGCACUAUGUAUUUCCUAGUUGGUACAGCUAAUUCUUGGAAUGGUGGUUCAAAAAUUGAAAUUCUUAAAAUGUCUCUCGAUGUUUUGUGGAUGUGUUCCGCUGUGCCUCGGAUUCAGAUGGAUAUUUGCGAGAGUACAUUGAAGAUACGGGAGCAGAAUGUUGAAUCUGUCGGAGCAAUUUUGGAAUUCUGCGAAGGUGAAAUGAUGGCAGACUCUGAAGUUCAGUUUGCUGCUUUAAGGGUGAUAAUAAAUUGUGUAUGUGCUCCACUAGAACGGCACAGUGGACGACUAGCUAUAUCGCCUUCAACUAGUGACACUUUAGUACAUGUUUCUGAUUCUCGAAUAAGCUGCCGAAGCGUCGGAACACCUUAUAAAAUACGAAAACAGAAAAAAGCACAGAUGGAGUUCUUCCUAGAAAAAGUGUGGAGUACCAUUCGAAAAAAUAAUGGAAUUAUGAUCUUGAAAAAACUGUUGUAUACAGAAACGCCAAUCACAGAAGCGGAUGCCCUUCGCGGAAUGGCAUGUCAAGCUCUCAAUGGGUUAGCACGUUCCGAAAGUGUUCGUCAAAUCCUUGAAGUAAUGCCGCUUAUUGCAAACAGCGAGCUUUGUGCUCUGAUGCGUGAGCCCGUUCUACAGGAGCGACGUGCUGAACACGCCAGGUUCUGUGAGCAAGCUCAUUUGCUGAUUGAAAAAGUCACCAAAAAGCGAAUUCAUGAUUUUCCGAAGGAUCUAACGAAAGAAAAGCUAUGGAAAUGGCAUAUCGUUGCUCAUACCAAAGUUGUUUAUAGUGAUAAAGAACUAUUGCAAUUGAUACAUCAACAUCUGAUUAAGAAGGGUCUAUUUAAAACAGCGGAUAAUUUAAAAGAAGAAGCCAGUUUACCUGAUAUACCUGCAAGUCGUGUCUCCACUCGUCUACCUUCUGUCGGUGCAUUGCCAAAACGUUUUGAGAAUACGUUUUCUGAUAUCGACAACGAUAUUAUAUCAGGAAAAACUUUAAUAUUGAGCACUUUCGGUGGCAGCAAUCGACGUCGAAGAAGUGAACGGUUAACAGCACCUGUUAUUACGGCAGAAUAUACAUUAGUUAAUGAACAGCGAGACCAGGCAGCUACCUUGCUCUCGACGCCCAUAUCAAAAUCAACAAAGGUGUUGAGCAUUGCUGGACGUCGUCAUUGUGAUGGGAGUCCGCCAGGAACUUCUUUUCUAAGUUGCCAUUCAACAGACCUUAGAAAACUGGAGGUUACCGGCAGCAGUGAAAGUGUCACAAAUUCUCAGUUGCCAUUGGCGAUGCCAGUACCUCCGAAAGAUCUUGACGAAAUCGUUACAGAUUUUUUCAGAAAGCAGCAUUCGACUUGUUGUAAUCCAGUAUCUAUAUGUCCACCCUUCUCGCUUUACUAUCCGCAUCACUGCCCGGAACCACAACGUAAACGCUUUGCGCCAAAAAAUAUUGCCAAUCGAUUUUUAAGCCGUCCGUUGAUUUCGGCUGCUUGGAAUCGGGAAAGGUUCAGAGAGGAUAUUCAUUUUGCUUUCAGUCGCUUUCGUCCAGUACGGUCAUUUACGGAAAGCGAAGAGACAUUUACUUGCUGUAGUUUUUCGAUUGAUGAUGAACACAUACUAUUAGGUUCUUAUGCUGGCGCUUUGAAUUGGUUUAAUAUACAUACUGGUGCCGAGGAGUCAAAUACCGAGUGCCAUCACAGCGCAAUUACUGGUAUUGAACAGUCAAAAGAUGGUUCACUUUUGCUUACUUCAUCAGCUUUUGUGAAACCACUUUCUUCCCUCUGGCGUAUUGGUGAAACCCAAGAACAUAUGAUCAAUUUUCCGGACGAAUACUUUGUUGAAUUCAAUAAAACAGCUCAAGAUCGUAUCAUCGGGACGCAGGGGAGUAAAGCAACGAUUUAUGAUACGGAAACUGGCCGAGCCGUGGUUCGUCUUUUUGAUGAUACUUUGGCAAAUAAUUAUACUCGUAACAAGGCAGCAUUUGACCCGAGAGAUGAAUUAAUACUGAAUGAUGGUAUAUUAUGGGAUCCGAGAUUGGGGAUGAAAGUUGUACACAAAUUCGACAAAAUGAAUGCUGUGAAUUGUGGUAUGUUCCAUCCACGUGGAAAUGAAGUUAUCAUAAAUUCUGAAGUGUGGGAUGUACGUAAUUUCAAACUGCUGCAUAGUAUCAGUGCACUCGAUCAAUGUAAAAUUGUAUUUAGCGGUGGCACAGAUGCUAUUUACGGAUCAGCGUAUUUGGAUGUAGAAGAAAUAGAUGAGCGCUUUCGUCAAACAUUUGCUUGUUCGUUCCGGACUUUCGAUUCCACAACUUACAAGGUAAUUACAACAGUGGAUGCAAAACGAGCUUUAUUCGAUUUUUGUGCUGAUCAUAAUGAUCAGUAUAUGGCUUUGAUUGAAGCUCAUGGGAAUGCAGAUGAUUUGUUAGAGCUGCGAGAAAAUGUCUGCCGUCUCUACGAGGUUGGGAAACGUCGUGAAGCGGACGAGUGUGAUGAUGAACAAGAAGAAACAGGUGACGAUAAUGAAGAUGAUGAUAUGGGCUCAUCGAGUGAAAUGGAUACAUCGCUUGGAGAUACAACUGCUACGGAUUCUUCAUCAGAAGAGAAUUCUGAAGAAAGUGACGAAUCCUUAUAUGAAUCGACACAUAGUCUUAAUGGUAGCUUGAAUGAUGAGGAUGAACAGUGGGUGGAUGAUGAUGAUCACGCUUCGGAAAAUGGCGAAAGUUCAGAACGAAGCAAUGGCGUUCUACUGAGGAUUGGUGAUCGUGAGGCUCUAAACAUUGUGUUUGAUCCAGGCACGAACCGGCGUGAUAUUCGCUUAUUGCAAGCCCUGGCAGUGGAUUCGGACAGCGAUACAGAAGUGGAUGUAAGCUACAAUCCUGACGAAGAUGCAGCAAAUGCUGAUAUGCAUCCAGGUUCAAGUUCAAUAGUUCUGAAUCCAGUACUCCGAAGGCAGCGAAGGGCUGAGCGGGAAUAACAAAUAGUUCGUCAUUUGUGGUAAUUGAAGGGUUUUCUUUGUCUGUGUUAUUAAAUACUUGUGUAAUGUUAACCAUUGUUUUUGAUCGUUAUGCACAUCUGAGGCUUUGUUUAUAAGCUAAACGUUACACUUGAGUUUUGAAAUAGCUCUUUUGAAAACAAGUAUCGGCUUUGGUUAUAUCCAUGCAUUAUGUUUUGUUUGGCUGCAUGUCUGUUCUUCAAUCCACUAUGAUAGCUUUCCGGACGAGACUACCUCUAGUCUUCGGUUUUUAUAUUACAUAUUCAUUUGCUAGCGCUAUAUCACAAAUGCAAAUGGAAGACUCUCAUAUAAUUCACUCUGGAUUGUUAAUUUCAACCCCACUGUACCCACAUUUUGCUCUCAUUUAAUGGAUUCUCUUUAUUAGUGGUUGGUUGUAAGUAUGAGGAAUCUUCGAGUCAGCUCGCAAUUCCAAAGCACACCUCUCCUCCCGACUUAACUUGCCUUUUCGGACAGUAGACACAGGUGCAUUAUACUUAUGCUUCCAAUCGUCAUCUAUUGAAAAUGCAUCGAAC